CUUUCAAACAUGGUUUCGCCAUGUGCCGAACUGCGGCGGGCCUACCAACAGGACGGCUUUGCCGUGGCCCGAGAACUGGUGCCCCAGGAAGCGCUAGAAGCGGCCUUGGGACCGGAAGGCCUCCCAGCUGCUCUGAGCGUGGGGCGCUAUGGCUACGAGAAAUCCUCCACGUUGACGACUUUGGAACAUUUACCCAAGGGAGUCACUGAUAUGAGCAGCAUGAACUUGAUCCACAAUGGCCAUUUCCUGCAUGCGAUCAAGGGUCUGUGGCCCUUGAUCAUGAGUGCUUCUUUUGGUGCAGGCUGUGUUUUUGGAAUGCUCCCAGAGUCUUUUGAAAUGCACCAGGUGAGGGGUGGACCCAUUGCAUCAGUGUUGGGGAGCAUGUCUGGCGAUGCCCACGUUCUUCGCAUGAAUGCACAUAUGAAGUUAGCACCAAAAGUUCCGGGAGUUUCAGACCAGCACGUCGCAGGCCACCGUGACUAUGAUUACUGGCGCCAUCGAUUUAAGGGUCGACCUCAACAUUAUCGAGAUGACUUUGUAAACAGCACUGUUACUGCAUGGAUUCCUUUAGUUCCUGUUGAUCGCUACGGUUCCAUGAUCUACGGAAGGGAGAAAGCGGAGCAGGGUGACCAUGGUGACCCCACUCGGUUGCGAGCUCGAAGUUUGUCUGGGGUACAGCGGGUUCAAGUGCGAGCGGAACCAGGAGAUGUGCUUCUGCAUGGCAUGGACACCUACCAUUGGUCCACCUUGAUGCAGAACACAUCGGAACGGGUCAGAUGGCACGUUGAGCUGCGCUUCCACAAUGCUGCCGUGCUGGAUCGCUUGGAUAUGAGCGAUGAUGAACUGCAUCAUGUGAUGACCGGGCCGGCGAUUGAAAAGGUGGACACGGAAAGAAGUUAUGCAACUCUUUUGGAUGUGAUUUUUCAGGGCAUUGAGAAAGUUCGAUGGAGAUUCAAUGCAGACACUCUGGGACAAAUCUUGUCAGGAAGCGACUGGCGUCGACAGCUGGAAAUUCCUGUGAUCGGUUUGGGGACUGGACGCCUAUGGCCAGUGGAGACCAUUGCCCCAGCAAUGCAUUCGUUUCUGUUGAUGGGCGGACGUCACUUGGACACCGCUGUCAGCUAUUGGAGCCAAUCAGCUGUGGCAGGCGUGUGUCGAGCAGCUAUGGCGAACGGUGUGGGUAAGGACUUGGUGAUCACCACGAAGAUUUGGCCUCUGGGCUUCAAAGAAAGCUUGGAAGCUUCCCGUGGAGCAUUGAAACAACUGGAUGGUGUGGGUCAAGUGGUGAUUUUACUGCAUUCUCCAGGACAGGUGAAAGGGAAACCCAAGGGCCCUGGAGGGCAGAAGUUUGCAGAGGCACCAGCCAGUUGCAGAGAUGAAGCACGACCAAACAGUUGGAGGAGGUGUCGCGCGGAGUCCUUCAUGGCUCUGGCAGCAUUGAGGGAAGCUGGUGUUGUGAGUGGCAUUGGUGUCUCCAACUUCCUGAAACGGCACCUGGAAGAACUCCGGCAUGACCUGCGCGCGCUGAAGGCCGAGGGCAGCCGCUCCGGCCGUGGGUUGCUGCGCACGUGGCCACCGGAUGUGGUGCAACACGAGGUGCACCUGCUACAACGCGAGGAGGAGCUGGUGAGAUACUGCCGACUUUGGAACAUCACCGUGGUAUCCUAUGGCACCUUGGGAAGUCCUGAAGCGAAAGCGAAGCUGUUGGAUCACCCGGUAGUGCGACAAGCAGCAGAGAUGGAAGGCUUGACGGCUGCCCAGGUGUUGAUGAAAUGGGCACUGCAGAGGGGUUUGCAUCUCAUCCCAACCACCUCCAAUCCCGAGCACAUGCAGCAGCUGCUACAAGUGCCACAACUGCCACAAUUGAGAAGAGGCACCUUGGCAUUGCUGGAAUCGGUCCCCCAGUGGGAGGCACCGAUCUACCAUCCAUACUUGGAGGCAAUUGAAUAGUGUAUAUAUGUAUAUAUAGAAAUAUGAUAGUGUAUGUAUGUGUAUGAAAUAGGAGCAACAUUGACAGUCCAAAGAGGCCAAUGUUUGCGUUAGAAGACCAAUGUCGUCUUCAGCUGGGGUGAAAGCCUUGGAUUCCUUGGAUGCACCACUUGCAAAGUGCGGA